AUGAACUAUUUUUAUGAUGAGGAAAAGGGCAAGGCUUACUUGGAAACAUUACCUGCUGAUGAACAAGAACGCGUUUCCGUAAAUGUGAAAAGAAUUUGCGCUGGGAUCAUUGGCAAAGGGUUAAUCACUCCUGUCAUCACUACUAUUGACUUGCCAACCGAUGAUCCUUUGGAUCGUUUCAAGAUUCUUCAUGAUAGACUCGCCAAGUUAGACGUUCAUGUGUACACACUGUUCUUGUGCUCCUGGGCCCACAAGUGGGAUGAGUUUCGAGCGAAAGGUGAAGAAACCUCUAUUGAAGUUUGUUUUCACCUCAAAGCCGCCUAG